CUUGGGGGCGUGGCCUCGGGCUCCAGGAAGAAGAUACCUGUUGAAUCCUUGUGUCUGCUGCCUGCCCACCCCUUGCAGAUAUCCCGAAGAGGGCAGCCGCAGACCACAAGCGGCUUCUGAAAGAGAGGUAAGGGGAGGCGGACCAGGGGCGGCGGCGGCGACUAUCAACAUCCCGUCGGAGGGCCCAACAGCUACUUUUUACCUGCUGAGUCAGGUGAGCCUUUCCAUGGGGGCGGGGACCAGCAUUUGAGAAAAGGGCAACGGCGUUGGAAGUAUUUAUUUGUUCGGUUUCAAGAGCCCUUCAGCUGCAGACCCUUUGACGAACUGUGUCUGGGGCACUCCGGCGGUCUCGGGAGGAGAGAAGAACGUGGGCGGCUUUUUGGCCGCAGAGGAGCGGCCCGUCUAAGCGUCCUCCCGUCCGUGUUUUCCCUGGCCCCAAACGGCUGAGCCACAUGGCUUCGGCGGUCUGGGGGAGUGCGCCCUGGUGGGGCCCGCCGCCCCCAGCCCCAGCCCGGCCGCUCACCGACAUCGACUUCUGCUCCGGGGCGCAGCUGCAGGAACUAACGCAGCUGAUCCAGGAGCUCGGUGUGCAGGAGAGCUGGAGUGACGCGCCCAAGCCAGGACCCGAUCUCCUCCGGGCCAAGGACUUCGUCUUCUCCUUGCUGGGUCUCGUUCACCGUCGGGACCCCCGGUUUCCUCCCCAAGCAGAGCUCUUGCUGCUUCGUGGUGGGAUUCGCGAGGGUUCCCUGGAUCUGGGACCUGCACCUCUAGGUCCUUACAUCCGGGGACCUCAUUACGACGCCGGCUUUACACUCCUAGUGCCGGUGUUUUCGCUAGACGGCACUGGGCAGGAGUUCCAACUGGAUGCAGAGUCCUGUUCCGCGUGGCUGUGCCUCCCAGAGCAGGUCCGCGGAACCUCGAUCCGGGAAGCUUGGCGGGAUUGCCUAGGACCUCCAGUCCCAGGAGGACGUGACUCCAUCCGCGGAACCAAAAGUGAAGGAGGUCCCCAGGGCCCCCAAACCUCCAUGGACCAGCACGGUUAUGUCACUGAACCUGAGCCAAACGUGUCUUUGGAAAAACCUUCUAGUAACGUUUCCCAGCCCGAGCUGCCUGAGCAAAACAGAAUCGAUCAUGGCUUUUCCACCCCACUGAAAAACCUGAAUGGUGACGUCAGGAAAGCAGCCGUCCUCAGCCCAAUCCCACCGCCGUCGGAGGACUGGGAGACUUGGCCCACACUUUGCCCCAUCCAGGUGUCUGCGUGGUUCUUUGCUUCACUGGCCGCGGUGGCUGAGUCCCUGUUCCCCGUCCCGGGUGCCCCACGCUUGGUCCACGCCGCCCGCCACGCGGGGUUCACCACCGUCCUCCUGGCGACGCCGGGGCCGCCACGCCGCGUCCUGCUCUUCGACCUGAUUCCCGUGGUGUCCGUGGCCGGCUGGCCCGAUGAUGCUCGGAGCCACUCGUGGGCCGGCCCGCUGGCCCCCGAGUCGUCAUCCUUCUACCUGGUGCCCGGCGGCCACACCGAGGGGCUGGGCGCCUCCGGCUGGCAGCUCUGCUUCGCCCGCCAGGAGCUGGCGCUCAAGGCGCGCAUACCCGCUCCGCUGCUGCAAGCGCACUCGGCGGCCCAGGCGCUGCUGCGCCCGCUGGUGGCCGGGACCCGGUCCGCGGCGCCCUACCUCCUGCGGACGCUGCUCUACUGGGCGUGCGAGCGGCUACCCGCGCUCUAUCUCGCGCGGCCCGAGAACGCGGGCGCCUGCUGCCUCGGGCUGCUGGAUGAGCUGGGCCGCGUGCUCGAGGCCGGGACGCUGCCCCACUAUUUUCUGAGCGGCCGGAAGCUCCGUGCGGGGGAUGGCGCCGCUGUGCUGCUCGGGGCGUUGGCCCGGCUCCGCGUGGACCCAGCCCGGGCCCUGCGCGCCGCGGUGGAGGAGGCGAAGGCUGCACGCAAGGGGGGCGGCUUAGCUGGCGUGGGAGGCGGGGCCCAUUAAAGACGCUGUUCCUA